CGUCAUAUGCAAAAUAUGCCCACCCCUCACUGAGCAGUCGCAAAAAUCGGAAGAAGGAAGCCAUUUUGGUUCAAAGCCUAUCGUGAUAGGGUGCUAAUUUCUCUUCAUUUCAGCACAUACAAGGGAUUCUGAUCGUUCUAAUUCACAUUCUCGGUCACUAGAGUAUGUCCACAAUGAAUCCCGAGUAUGACUACUUGUUUAAACUUCUGCUGAUUGGAGACUCAGGUGUUGGAAAGUCCUGUCUACUUUUACGAUUUGCUGAUGACACCUACACAGAAAGUUACAUCAGUACAAUUGGUGUAGAUUUCAAAAUACGAACAAUAGAACUAGAUGGAAAAACAAUCAAGUUACAGAUUUGGGACACAGCAGGUCAAGAAAGAUUCCGAACAAUUACAUCCAGCUACUACCGAGGUGCCCAUGGUAUUAUAGUAGUGUACGAUGUAACAGACCAGGAAUCUUUUAACAAUGUGAAGCAGUGGCUACAUGAAAUUGACAGAUAUGCUAGUGAAAAUGUUAACAAAUUAUUGGUAGGAAACAAAUCUGACUUGGAAACGAAGAAAGUGGUUGAUUACACUACAGCAAAGGAAUAUGCAGACCAGUUAAGAAUCCCUUUCUUAGAAACCAGUGCUAAAAACGCUACAAAUGUGGAACAGGCUUUCAUGACGAUGGCAGCAGAGAUAAAGAACAGGAUGGGCCCAGUUACAACUUGUGGGGACAACAAAACCAAUGUGAAAAUAAACCCGAGCACACCAGUGAAGCCCUCCGGUGGUGGCUGCUGUUAACUUGAAAGCUUUCUAAGUCACCAGGACACACUAUUUGAAAUUUCCAAUACAUGUAAAUUGAUAUAUGUAUUUCUAAUUUACUCAUUAUUGCCAUCGUUUGAUGACAUUUGAAAGAAGACCAACUAUACGUCUUUCAGUAAAUUAUGGUGGUAUGUUUUAAGUGCAGGAGAGAACAAACAAAGAGCAUUUGUUAUGUAGGUGCAAGACACAGACCAUCGUAAUCUGUCAUAUCAUGAGAUACUGAUUAAUUUUAGAGGUGUACGUUGGGGGUCACGAAGGGGUGGUGUGGGUGAUGUGGGGCUAGGAUAGGGAUCAAAACAAUGCACUACAUGAUUAGGCAAGACAAAAACACGAAUCCCUACUAGAACAACAAAAUAACAAAAUUUGAUGGUAAAGACAUUUUUGUGUUCAUUAUGUAGGCACAUUUAUUUUCCUGGAUCUUUUGAACUUCCUUUUAAAUUCCUUUAGAAACUGUAAAAAUGAAGCUUUAAUGGUUUACACUUGAUUGGUGAUAUUUACACUUGGAUAUCUUAAUAUCAUUUACUAUAUUGUUCUUUUUUGUGUAAGUGUAAGUCAAAAACCUAUUUGUCAAUUUCAAAUAUCUGGGUAAAAUUAUGUAGAUUUUUUUUUUUAAAUAAUUGUACGUUGUGUAAUCAGUGCUGUGACUGUCCAGAGAUGUGCUGGGUAUUUGUGGUAAGUUAAUGUGCUUGAUUGAGGUGUCGAUGUGAAUGUGACUGAAACGUGAUCGUUUCAGAAUUCAGAUUUUAAACAAAAUUACUGUUUGGAUGGGAAUCCAGAAAGUACAACGUCUUUGUUUUUGCUAAUAAUUUCUUGGAUGAUAUUUAUAUAAAUCCUUCAAUAUUUAUGUUUGCAUAUUAAGUUGUAAAUUGGUGAUGUACAUAGUAUUACAGGAAACCUAUAAGUCAUGUUUUAUAGUGCACCAUAAGAGCUAUUAUGAUGAGAGGAUUAUCUCUAAUCUUCAUUUUCCCCAAAUAUUGGUUAACUUGUCCUUCAUAUUCUUGUAUACUAUACAACUAUUUUUCAUCAGCUGUCGGGAGAAAGCAAUUAUGUGAAAAAUCAGCGAGUUCAAAAAUAGUCAGCAUUCCACUGGCAAAUACACUAUUUAUCCAUCCAUUUGUUUGCUAGAUGUAACUCAUGAAUGUCGUUGUGAUACAAGAAGUAUGUACAUAAUAGACAGAAAGGCUGGACGUGUGAGGUAUGGGUAACUGUGGAUCAUUUAUAGCCGUUACCAUUUUAGUAGAGUAUUCCUUUUAACACAACAAUGCAUAUGUUAUUGGUAUACAUAUGUGAGGCACAGAAAUAAAGUCAUAGUAGUCUAUUGUCAUUGCUGUUUGUAAUAUUGUUUUCAUUUUAUGGUUCAAAUUUAAAAUGUAAAAAAAAAAGUAAUUUCCAAGUCGCGCAAGUGGUCUAUGUUAAAGGUAAUGUAACUAUUUCAUCUUUUUUGAACACUAUUAUAUUUGCCAAAAGCGAUGUGUUGAGUUUGUGUGUGCACUUUCUUUAAAGAUACUUGUACCAGGUAAAACUAGAGAAGGCAACUUUACUUGGAAUGUAAACAUUACAUGACAAAUUUUACCAUGUACAUUGGUAACAAAUUGGUUGUAAUUAUUGCUUUUCCAGGCUAAGAACUAGCAAUUUGUCAAUAGUCAAGUCCACACUGGGUUGAAUUCAAUCCUCACGUUAUCAGUAGCGUCAACAGUUAUGUUUUGCUUAUUCAUGUCCCUCCUACUGCCUUGUUCCCUUCACAUUUGGACCAUUUGUUCAAACUGAUGACCUUGUGGGGUAUUCUGCCAUUCUAGUUGUGUAUAGUUAGUGGCUAUAUUGUACAUGUGUAAGAGGAUGGUAGGCGUGCAGGGUACAAGGACGUGGUGCGACGGGAGCUUGCAAGUCUGUGCCUCACAGGGUUAUGUUAAACAAGGAACAAGCUGGCUUGUAUCAUUUGCAGUCUGUAUCACUGCAUGGCUAGUUCUCAUCUGUUCAGUCAAUAAAAUCAAUAACUAUGACCUGUA